AUGGAAGAAACUAAACAAGGUGUUACUAGUGACUCCUCCACAUUGUGCCCAACUUGUGGUUUUGUUAGAGUCUACGCCAACCCUUUCCUGAAAGCCUUGCAUGCUCAGAAAUUUACUCCAAGUGCUUCAUUUCAAGUUAACUAUUACAUCGAGAACGGAGCUAACAUAACUUAUGUUGAUUUCUCAAUCAACGGAUUUAGAGAAUUCAAUUAUAUAAUUAAAGGACUGACUGGUAUUAAAACAAUCAUUGCGUCUGGCAACAAUAUGAAUUCCUUGUUGGUUAAUUUCUUUGAUUCGUUUAACACCGUUGAGAAACUAGCUCUGGCAGCAUGCAAUUUGGUGCCAUCAUUUUUAUCACAGAACAGCAGGCGAUUGUUUCAGUAUUUGCCUGCGUUAGAGUGGCUUGCCUUGUCUUCAAACCAGUUGGACAUUUUAGCACCGCAAACAUUUGUGGAUAAUUUAAACUUGAAAGGGUUAAACCUCGCGUAUAAUCGGUUUCGGAAUAUUCCUUUUGAUAUUCAAAUCACGCCAAAACUUUACGUGCUAGACAUGAGAGGGAACGCCCUGACAACAAUAGACGCGCCAACUCGUUCAGAAUUGGAAACAAGAUCACACACAUCAGCAGGCUUCUAUUUAUAUCUCGACGGCAACACGCUGUCGUGUGCCUGUGAAAAUUUAGAUUUCCUCUUGUGGCUUACAUCAACUCAUGUUAUUCUUGACAACAAUAGAAAUUACACGUGCAUUGAUAACAGUGGUAAACUCAGGACUACGCUGGAAUACAAGGACGUUGAUAAACUAUGGCGAGAGUGUUCGGGGCAGUAUUUCUUUUAUCUAAGCAUUGUCUGUUUCAGUACUUUAUGUAUUGGGUACUUGCUUGUGUUUAUUAUCAAUCAUAAACUGACUUACAUUAUGUCGUAUGUGUUACAAUAUUUUGGGAAUUUCCGGUUGCAUGAUUGCAAAGACUACAAAAACGGUGUGUAUAUUGGGUACGCCGACAACGACUACGCCUUUGCGUGCCAUCAGCUGUUGCCUUACAUAGAAGACAAGCUCGGUCUGCGAACGUUUGUCCGUGACCGUGACCUUUUACCUUCGAGUGACGUAGCCAGCGGGAUAGUCGACGCCAUCAACGCCAGCUGGAGGGUGGUGCUGGUGUUCAGCGAGAACUUUCUGAGGGCGGACGAGUGGAUGUGGUUUACCAUCAGGUGUGCGGUGUACUCCCAGACACCUGCCAACCCAGCCCGGGUUGUGGUGUUGGUACACAGACGUCAUGUCCACCAGCUGCCCACUGAGCUGCUCAGUGCCGUGACGGACGACAGCGUCAUUGUCGUCACCAGGUGGGAGAUGGAUUACGUCAUACAGCAAAAACUCAAAACUCUGUUAGGUCAAUGACCUCACUAUAAUUU